AUGAGACCUGCGUGGGUGGGGACAGUGGAUAAAAGACCCCAAGGGAAGCUUCUACUCCCCUCUUCACAGCUGCUGCCCAGAAUGCUGCCCCGAAUGCGUCCCCUUGCCCAGGCCUUGCCCUUCUCCCUUGGAGGGGCCCUACGUGACACCGGUCUCCGGGUUCCUGUCUUUAAGAUGGGCAGAGGGUGGGAAGGCCUGCUGCGAACUCUGAAGGAAAUCGCCUACGUCCUCCUCUGCUGCUGGUGCAUCAAGGAACUGCUGGAUUAGCGGCGGCGGCAGGAAGCUGCCUCUCCUCAUCCCUGGUUCCUCUUGUCUUCUCUAGCCCCGUCCAGAUUCCUGGAGUGUGCUGAGCUCAACAAGCGAGGUGUGGAUCCUGCCUCAAGCUGUCCCAUCUGUCAGACCUGCCCGUCGUGGGGCCUCCAUCCCAGCCCUGCCACUGGUGGACCUCUGAUGGGCCUGAGCUUGGCCUGCUGGCUAGGACCCCAGUAAGACUGCAGCAGGACCACUUAGCAUUCCUCCGGGCUUCACACAGUGAGAUGGUUGGUCCUUCCGUGCACUUGUAAUGCCAGGAGUGGGCUGGCCCUGAGCUCGCUGACAGUCACCGAACUAUAUACACAGAUAAU